AUGGCGGAGGGAUUUCGCAGACCCGACCCACUCGUUUUUGAUGGAGACCUCGCCGAGAGCUGGCGUGUGUUUGAAAGGGAAUACGACAUCUUCAUAGAGGCAGCGCACGCAGACAAAUCUGCGAAGACAAAAUCUUACAUCCUCCUCAAUCUUGCUGGAGCAGAAGCCAUUGAACGGGAGCGUUCGUUCGUCUACGCCGCAGAAGUUAGGGCGCCAGGGAUGAGUUGGUGGUGGAGGAUGGAAUCGUCGUCAAAGGCCACAGACCAGUCAUUCCAAGCUCACUGCAGCAUGAGUAUAUCCAAAUCAUGCACAGAGGCCACCCUGGUGUUGACUCAACAAAGUGCAGAGCCAGAAGCAGUCUCGCCCUGUGAUUGGUCCUUUCUCUUGCUUGUGUCGUGUGUUUUUCCGGGUUUCUUUCUCGUUACCAAACACGCUGCGAAAAGGACAAACUGUGCGAAUCCUGGAUAUUUCACCACAAAAAACAACGUGAUGGCAGAGCUCUCCAUGGUCCUCCGCGGUGUGGCCCGGGUCGGCUCGGCUCUGGUCUCCUCUCAGUCUGAACACAUGCGUCUCUUCGUCUGUAACUCCUCCCUCUGCUCUGGGGUCAGAGCGACUCAGGCCAUGGUCAGCGAGCUCGUCAACACCAUCACCUCAGCAACAGGCUCCACGUCCCAGUCCUGUCAGGAGGAUGUCUUCCCUGAGAUUGACCCAGAGGAGGCGGCAAAGUGGGCCAUGGACUCUGAGCUGUACACAGAGCAGAGCGGCUUCCCCCCUCCUGGUUCCUCCCCUGAUCCUGGUCCUGGCCCUGGUCCUGGUCUUGGUCUGGGAGGUUCCAGGUUCCUCCACACCUUCUCUGCUCUGAACGUCCACAGACGAUGUGUCCACACUGUGAGGCUGAGCCCAGAGGACAUGCAGAAGGCCAGAGAGGCCAGGCAGGCCGGGACCAAGCCUGCCAGGCAGAAGCUUAGCGAGCGCGCCAGAGAGAGGAAAGUGCCUGCAACCAGGAUCAGCCGCCUGGUGAACUUUGGAGGUCUGGCUGUGGGUCUAGGCAUUGGAGCCAUCGCUGAAGUGGCCAAACAGUCUCUGAGCGGGAAGAACAAAGGAGAGGCUUUCUUGGACUCGGCUCUUCUUUCUGAAGCAAAUGCAGAGAGAAUUGUGAACACUUUGUGCAAAGUUCGAGGAGCGGCGCUGAAGAUUGGACAGAUGCUCAGUAUCCAAGAUAACUCGUUCAUAAAUCCACAGCUGCAGAAGAUCUUUGAGAGAGUCCGUCAGAGCGCGGACUUCAUGCCAGCCUGGCAGAUGAACAAAGUCCUGGCUGAAGACCUGGGUCCUGGUUGGAGGGACCAGUUGGAGUCUUUUGAGGAUAAACCAUUCGCUGCGGCGUCCAUCGGACAGGUGCACCACGCUGUGCUGAAGGACGGACGAGAGAUCGCUAUGAAGAUACAGUAUCCCGGAGUUGCAGAGAGCAUCCACAGUGACAUCAACAACCUCAUGUCUGUGCUGAGGAUGAGUGUGGUGCUACCUGACGGUCUGUUUGCGGACAGCAGUCUGGAGGUGCUGCAGAGGGAGCUGACCUGGGAGUGUGAUUACAAACGAGAGGCAGAGUGCGCCAAGAGGUUCAGGUCUCUCGUGGCUUCAGACCCGUUCUUCCGCGUCCCUGAGGUGGUGGACUCUCUCUCAGGAAGCAGAGUCCUCUCCAUGGAGCUGGUGCAGGGGGUUCCUCUGGAUUCCUGUGUGGAUCUGGACCAGGAGACGCGAAACCAGAUCUGCUUUAAGAUCCUGCAGCUGUGUCUCCGGGAGCUGUUUGAGUUCAGGUUCAUGCAGACGGAUCCAAACUGGGCAAACUUCUUCUACAACACAGAGACCAACAACGUUUAUCUACUGGAUUUCGGUGCCUGCAGAGAAUAUGAUAAGAAGUUCACAGAUGACUACAUAGAGGUGGUCCAUGCUGCUUCAGUUGGAGACCGAGAGACUGUUUUGCAGAAAUCCAUCGAGCUCAAGUUUCUGACUGGAUUUGAGGCAAAGCCCAUGAUGGAUGCUCAUGUAGAAGCAGUGAUGAUCCUGGGGGAGGCCUUCUCCUCCUCCGCCCCCUUUGACUUUGGGAGACAGGACACGACUCAGAGGAUCCAGGGUCUGGUCCCUGUGAUGUUGAGGCACCGCCUCACCCCUCCCCCAGAGGAGUCCUACUCCCUCCACCGCAAGAUGGCCGGCUCCUUCCUCAUCUGCUCCAAGCUGCAGGCCAAGAUCUGCUGCAAGGACAUGUUCAUGGAGGUCUACCAGGCCUACAAGGACCAGAGCGUCUGCUGCGCCCGUGGGUGGAGCUGGGGAGGUCCUGGAGGAAACACACAGACCGCAUCCAUCACACCACCCCACAUAACCCCACACAACAGCCCACCGCCGCCGGGAGAACAGAGCGAGCCUCCCCGUCUCUCUACCUCUCUCCACCCGCACGGCCUCAGUGUCUCCUCUGGCAGCAGUGUGGGGGCGCCGCAGAGCCCAGAGAUGAACAAACUGCGUCAAAGUCUGAGGAGGAAGAAGCCGGCGUACGUCCCAGAGGCCAGCCGUCCACACCAGUGGCAGAGCGACGAGGAGGAGGUGAAGAGGAGCCGCUGCAGCUUCAGCGUCAGGGUGAGGAGGUGGUGCUGUGAGCAGGAGGUGGUGUAG